AUGGUCAGCAUUGAUUGUCUUCUCGUGGUUGAAGAUGAAGAUUUUCUAGAAGGAAUCUUGACAGAUGGGGAUUUCAAACGCUGGUUGACGAAAAGAUUUGGUGACUCUUCUAGCAGUGAUUCAGCUGAGUAUGCUAUUUUCAUCUUCUCACCGAUCUCAAAUGAAAUCCCUUUUAGAUACAAAUCUCUGUUUGUAAAUACUUGCACUAUUUCCUCUAUCUUAACUCGUGGGAUAAGCUAUAAUGGGCGAGAAUGUGGACCUUUGAUCUGCUAUCCGGAUACUGAUCUGACGAUGGCCAAGCAGCUGAUGGAGGCAAAAGGAAUCAAACAGUUGCCUGUGAUCAAGCGUGCAGAAGAUGGUCAGAGAGAAAGGAGAAGACGCAAGAUUGCAGGAGUUCUUUAUUAUGAUUCAAUCUGGACUUGUCUCAGAGACGAACUGUAUCGUCAGAAGUCAGUCACAUUGCAUGAAGAAGGCGACAACGGGAAAUUGAUGAUAACAAACGGCCAUCAGCGACAAAGCGUUUGAAGAAAUGCCAUCAACAUUUCGGUGAGGGAUCAAAGUGCUUACACCAGAAAAUCAUAUUUGCCCGGGAUUUUGCAUCGGAGAUCUUUCUCAGUCCUUAUGACCACAGUGACUAUAAAUGUAAUAUAGCUCUUACCAUUUUCUUGUACUACAUGAUAAUUUCCGGCAGAUUAAAUUGUCAAAUA